CCAUUGCUUCUCACAACAACCAAUUCUCUUCCAAACCCAAACCCACUGGCAAGAUGGGGCUACCACCUUGGGAGACCAGCGACAGUCAGCUGUUUGCACUGGUCACAGGCGCAAAUAGUGGUUUAGGGUACUCAGCUGCUGCAAGGCUCAUGGAUGAGUUCCUCAUCUCCCCCUCGACGUCCCCGAACAAGCACCUCAUCUUGAUUCUGUGCACCCGCUCUCCCAUGAAGACUCGAUUUACCAUUUCCCGUCUUCGAGGCCACCUGAGAAAGCAAGCCGAGUAUUCCGAAUUUGCGACAAAACAACGCGCGAAACUAAAUGCUCAAGGAGUCGAGUACAAUUGGAUGGAGACGGUGCAAAGGGUACACUUCUUAGGCGUUGAAGCUGAUCUCUGCGAUCUCAAGAGUGUGUACGCAUUGGCGGAUAGACUCGUGAAUGGUACUGUGGGUAGUCCAGAUGCGACUACUAUGGAUGGACUCAGGCUUCCCCAUGGUUCGCCCGGCACACAGAGCUUUUCUGAAGGCGUGGAACAAGAUCGGUGGGCUUUGAGCCAGAAACCCGGAUCGACCGGUGCGCAGAGGUCCUGGGGCUGGGGAUUGAGCGGGAUACGGCUUCCAAGAUUGGAUGUCAUCAUCAUGAGUGCUGGAAUUGGAGCCUGGAUAGGUGUUGAUUGGCCUACUGCAAUACGACUCGUGUUGACCGACCUUAAGCAGGCACUGACUUAUCCAAUUUUCAAAGUGGCCAAAUCUGGCGGUGUGGUGAAACGCCAGUCGACUUAUCAAUCGACCAAGCCAGACGAAGCUACACAGUCGUUGGUCUCGGAGCAAGAAAGUCCUGAUGAGCCACCUCUGGGGGAAGUGUUUUGUUCAAACGUAUUCGGUCACUACAUCCUUGCUCACGAAUUAACGCCGCUCCUGUCCAAGCCGGUUUCUCCUUCGUCCAAAGUUGGAGGAAAGAUCGUAUGGAUUGGGAGUAUUGAAGGACUUCCUGAGCAUUUCUCCCUCGAUGAUAUGCAGGGUCUCAAAACUUCAGCGCCGUACGAAAGCUCAAAACGACUAGUUGACUUACUUGCUAUAACCUCAGAACUGCCUUCAGUCAAGCGCAUUGCAGAUCCAUACUUCGACAGUUCAAAUACCGUGACGGCCGCCAAAUCUCACAACGAAACCCGGCAGAACGGCCAAACAGGCUCGGUGAAACCUAAGAUGUAUGUGACACAUCCUGGUGUCUUUGUGUCAGACAUCUUUCCCCUCCACGCUAUCUUGUCGAUGAUCUUCCUCUGGUUUGCCUACAUUGCAAGAUGGUUUGGAAGCCCGUGGCAUACAAUCUAUCCUUACGAAGGGGCCUGUUCUGCUGUCUGGGUAGCUCUCUUGGACAGUGAUGAGCUUGAGAAAAUGGAAGGACAAGGACAGAGGAAGUCGAAGUGGGGCUCAGCAACCGAUAUCCGGGGAUCAGAGCGGGUCAUGAUGACAGAGAUCCCAGGUUGGGGCUGGAAUGGCGAGAUAGAGAACUCAGUGGAUGAGGCUAGGAGGAAGGGCCGAAGGAGAAAUGCGGUAGAUCCCACAAAGGAAGCGAAGGAGGAUUUUGAAAUCAUGGGAGGAAAGUGUUGGGCGAAGAUGGAGGAGUUGAGGAAGGAAUGGGAGGGUAUUCUGGGUGUCUGGGACAAGCUUAAGUGACGCUUCUUCAUAAUGUUUAACGAUUGUGCGAGUACCUUAAUACUGAGAGUUGGUAAGGGAGAAGUCGUCGAUUAAGCUCCCAAAACUAAUCAUGAUUCAUUCCCCAUAUCGUUCGUCUGCAUUUGCUCCUCAUCUCGUGCAUGGCAAGCUCCAUUUUUCCAACACCGACCCAAUUUUCUUGUCGGUGUGGGACAAUAAAUGAAAAUCUCGUCUUCUAUAGGUACUGGAAAAGAGUCUAAAGACCAUCGUCCCACAAUGUUGGGAAAAUUGGCUCCGGUUCAGGAAAGCCUUCAAGGCGUGAUUGUAUAUGGCCAUGAAGGCGAGAUCGAUGUCCUACAGAUUUAGAACAUCGAGAGGUUGGCACUGAGUUG